AUGUCUGCAAUCGGGAAUCGAAAUAGCACACCGAUCGAGUCAAACAACACCUCGUCCCUUCGACCACCAUCGUCUCGUGCUGUCGGCUCUGGACAUCACCUGCGAGCGUCCGCAGACAUGGCAGCUUUUCCGAGUUCGCCUUCUUUUAAUCGCGCCCGUCCCUCCUCGGACUUUUAUGGCACGCAGCCGGGCCAAGGCCAAGGUGGCUCAGAGAACGACGCAUCUGACAAGAUCGCCCAGCAAUGGAUUGCUGAUAUCGACCAGUACGAGACAACUUUGGAAGAGAUGGCUGCAGCAACUUUAGACCAAGAUUUCAAGGAUGAGCUGAGUGCGAUCGAGCAAUGGUUCAGGGUGCUCAGUGAAGCUGAGCGUACCGCUGCGUUGUAUGCUCUACUGCAACAAACGACGCAAGUACAAAUACGCUUCUUCAUUCAGGUUUUGCAGCAGAUGGGGAAAAAUCACCCUAUGUCCGGUGUGCUAUCUCCUGCCAACUUUGACAAAGACCCGAUGUCGAACCGUCUCAGUGAUGCGAUGAAUAAGCUCAGCGUGGAUGGCUCAAGAAACUCCCUGACACGGCCACCUACAACACCUGGUACCAAGAGACAUUCUGGGCUCGACCCGUCAACAAUUAAUGCCAUGUUCCCCGAUGCCGCUGCCGCCAUCGCCACCGAAAAGGCAAAAUUCACACAGCAGACCGGAAACCCUCCAGCGUCCAACCGAAACAGCGCUGUGUACGACAACCGAAACUCACUUGCAGCACCUCUCAUAUCCGCCCCUGGCGAUUCGUCAGAUAACAACCAACAGCCGCCGCCAUCUCCAUGGGGUUCUCGGGGUCAUGAGAAUGCUCGGCCAAAGUCGUCGUCCGGGCAGCCUCCCAUGGGCCAGUUCAUCCAACCCCCACCUUCCGCAGGGCUUCGCUCUCCAGUUGCCCAAGUGUCCGGCGGAUCGAAUCUGCAAAGCACAACCAUCACUGCGCCCGACAACCAAGGUCCUGGACUUCCUCCGCUCUCGCCCUAUAAUUCAGGAAAUGGUAAUUGGGCUUCUAUGGUUAAUACACCGAUGGUGUCAAAUUUUAAUGCUCCAAACGCUUCCACCCAGGCGGAUAUGGUGGCGAAUGCUACCGCUAUGAAGCUUGCUGCUCUUUCAACAGUCAAUAAUCGGUUCGCAUUAGAUGACGUCCGUAAAUAUCGUCGGGCUCGGUCAAAUGAUGGGCAUUCAUCCAACGGCCCUCUUUCUCCUGGGCUUCCAAACAACAUGCCUGGCGCUAAUGUUGUCAUGAUUAAUGAGCAUGGACAGGUAUUGAGCAGAGAGCAGGUGAUGGCCCUUCAAGUCCAGCAACAGAAUUCGGCGAUGGCAGGCCGACGAUCUCGCCCAAGCUCUCCGGGACUUCCCAUGCAGGGGAGUGGGUUCGGUCAAAUGGGAUUCGCAUCUCCCCAGAAUAAUGGGUUCCUGGCAGCGUAUGAUGGGUCAUCUCCGCUGCUCAAUAAUAAUGGAAUGGCCGGCCUCAAUUUAGCCCAGUUUGGGCUAAAUGCACCUGAAGGUUAUCUCUCAGAUCAUAGCGAUAUGGUUAGAGGUCGAUCUCCACGUGGUAGGAGAGGUACUUCAAAGCCCCCCGAAGAUCCCACAGACCCCAGCCUUCUUCAAGAUAUCCCCAGCUGGCUGAGAAGUCUGAGGCUUCAUAAAUACACGGAGAAUCUGAAAGAUAUGAAUUGGACAGAGCUCGUUGAGCUUGAUGAUAAGGCCUUGGAGGACCGGGGUGUCAAUGCUCUUGGGGCAAGGAGAAAGAUGUUGAAGGUCUUUGAGCAAAAGCUAAAGCAGAAGGGAAGUUGUCAUAAUCGCCAACGAAACGAAACUCCCGGGUUUUCAGCAAAAGUCAGUCAAGCACAGAUGAGAGAGUAG